AUGAAUAAAGAUAAUAUUCUGUCGACUGAUAUGGGCCAACGUACACUUCUUGGUAUCUGUUUAAGUAUAUUUCUACUGAUAAUUCUAUUCAUUUUUGGAAAGAUUCAGUUUAUUGUCUUCAUUCUACUGAUAAUAAUCAGUUAUAAGUUAACGGAUUACUAUGUAUUAUCACUGAAUAAUCCUAACAAGUGUCCAAAAUAUUGGCCAAAUCUACUUAUUUUGUAUGAGCCCUCAAAAGAUUUAGACAAAGAACUGAUACGAACACAGAUUGCAAAUAGUCAUUAUACUCACAAAAAUCCAUGGAUUCAUUUAAUGUUGUCAAAACGAAUAGAUAUAGCUAUUGAUGAAUUUUGUUGUCUUUGUCUCAGAGAUCAUGUCUAUCCAUGGUUAUCACUAAUUACUCAUGAUGAUAGUUUGGUUUAUGAAGCUAAACAUGUCUUUCGAUAUUUUUUAGCAACAGUUAUUCGUCGAGUACAAAAUGUUGAUAUUCAUGGAUUCGUUCUUGAACGUUUGCUUCCGUUGAUUUUUCAAACAUUCGACCGUUAUAUUCAACUGGUUAAAUUACAGCCUCAUGAUGAAUCUCAAUCGUCAACUGAUUUUCUUAAAAACCUCUACAAAAAUGAUCUUCAUAUUGCCAUGUAUAAUCGUCAAUCGGAAAUCAAAUAUUUAAAGCGUCUUAUACUUGAUUUAAUGCCAAUAAUAACGCCUAAAUUCGUUUAUGAAUGCAAAGGAUCUCGUCAUUUUCUAAGCGAAUUAAUCUCUUGUCAAAUUCUAAUCGAUGGCAUUGAUGCUAUAUGUGAACCAGACACAUUAAAUCGUUUAUUCCAUCUUUAUUUUAUAACUAUUAUUCAACGUCGAAAUUCACUUUCAAACACGCCUGUAAAUCCACCGGAGGAGCCAUCAGUUGAAUUAUUAACACGAUUUUGUUCAAUGAAUGGACCCUUACAUAAAAACAAAUUGGUUUUGGAAUUAACUGAUGUUAUGUAUGAAAAAGAAUUACUGAGUCAAUUCAGUCGUGUACUUGAUCGUUACGGUUCAGUUGGUUUAUUAAGCACUUAUCUCACAUUAUCCGAUAUAUUGAAUGAUAUUCCAUCGGCAUCAAAUGUAUUAGUACGGAAGAAAAUCUAUCGUCGUUUAAGAAAUAUCGAUGAACGUUAUUUGAGUACAAAAAAUGCUGAUGCUUAUGUAAGCAUUAGUAAUCCAUGUGAUCCUAACGAUACAUUAAUAGACGAAAUAAAAGAUCUGAUUUAUAAUCAUUUGGAAGAAAGUAUCAAUGAAGACGACGAAAAGUCAGAUAACUCAACCAAUCGACUAGAUGUUCAACAUACAUUCACAUUGUUGUCUCGAUUUCAUUGUAAAAUUUAUGAACUAGUCGAAGAAAGAUAUCAACAAUGUUUUCUAUCAAGUGACGAACAUUUUCUUUACAUGUGUGGACGAAGAAUGGACUCUCCUGAUUAUAAAAUUAUAGAGCAAAAUUUGGAUGAAGGCGCAUUAAAUUUUACUCAUGCAGAAGAAAUCAGAAAUGCGAAUGGAAAUACACAGAAACGUAAUUCGUCAAGACAUUAUACAACAACAUCGUACAAAGAAUUGGAAGAAAAAGAUGAAGCCUACAAAAAAUAUCCCGAAGAUACAACGAGCAUUGGUAGUAAUAGUUCGCACGAUGAAAAAGAUAUGAACUCAUGGCGAAUUCAUGUCUUUGACAUUGAUGAACUACGAGAUAAUACAUACGCAAAUAUGAAAUCUUUCGUAUUCAUAAUUGAAAUACAGAGAUUGGAUCCUAAUAGUAACAAUCCGUUAUUAGUGGACGACGAAAAAACUAAUUGGAUUGUAGCAAGACGUUAUCAAGAUUUUUACUUACUAGAACAAAAGCUAAUUCGAUUUCACGGUGUUUUUUCGGAUGCGCGAUUGCCACCAAAAAAAUCUUCAGCAUACGCACGAAAUCGAGAAUUUCUUGAAUCAAUUAAAAAAGAUUUUGAAUAUUUUCUAAGACAUUUAUUGACUAAACCAACAUUGCGCAAUAGUGAAUUAUUAUACAAUUUUCUAACACAAUCGGACGAUUUUACUUUACCGACUGGUGAAGUUGUUCUAUCAAAAAUGUUCAAAGUGGUUCCGCGUCGAUUACGAGCUGAGAAAGGACAAUAUCUUGAUCCAUUUCUUGUAUCAUUGAUCAACUAUGCCGAACCACCGAAACCAAAAGCAACACAAUCAAAUCCAGUUUUUAAUGAUAUAGUCGAAGCAAAACUUCAAAAUUCUAUCUAUGAAAAUAAUGCAAAUAUAACAGAAUCUCUAGAAGAAUCACCGAUAAAAAACAUCACUUCUGGUGAACUCGACAGUGCCUACGAUCAUAUGAUUGUUGUUGCUAAACAAGUUUUCUCUGCAUCCCCUUUGUUAAUUUAUCUGCUAGACUUACUUCGUGUUCCAUUGAAAAAUUCCUUUGAUACAUUCUUCUCCUAUUUUAUUGAUGACAAUGUAGAUGAUAUUAUAAAUGAUGAAGAAAAUAUUAUUGAUGUUAUUCAUGCUCUUCGAGAUGUAGUUUUUCCAAAUGAUGCAGAAGAUAAAGAACCAACGGAUUUAGUGAAUAUGGAUGAUGUUGUUGCAGCCGCUGAAGAAUUUUUGCCAAAUCUCAUCAAACUGGCACUUGGUAAAGCAAAUGUUGAAAAUGGUUUACAAAUGAUUCUUCGGUAUUUUCAAGAUCCAUUACUAAACAAACAAUUAUUUUACAUGAUUCUCGAUGAAGUUCUCUUGCAAAUUUUUCCUGAACUACAAGCGCAUUUUGAAAAACAAAAUGUUCGUUUAUGA